UUUGUUAAAGCUCUAACGAAACAUUAGAUUCCUGCAAGACAACUUUUUAUAAAAACUUUUCAUAUCAAAACUUCUAAUUACAAGGGAAAUUCUAUGGCGGCGAUUUGAGAUAAGCUUUUUAGAGUUUUUGAUAAUCCCUGGACCGUUUUGAAAAUAAUACCGGGAAAGACGUAUCCUCGGGCUGUGCCGAAGACUGUAAAAGCUAUGAGGCCAGGCAUCUUGUUAUGGUUCUAUUCGAGAUGGUUAUCGAAUCGAUUGGAUUGCAUUUUCCCCUUAAAUUUUCUCUCUUGUGGAUUGCAACAUUGUGGACCGUGGACGCAUCCGCAUCUUCUGCCAGCGACUGAGGCCCAUUCGAGAUCCCGUGUGCCAGUCGUUAUCUGAACGUCGGGAACUGUGGAUUUGUCCGCCCCUCCGUGGAGCCUCGCGACCUGAACCUACCAUUUACCGGAGCAAAUUACCAUCUAUGAAACUCCGCCAUCUGGCCGAGGAAGUCAAAACAAACAAAUCAUUGCACAAACAAGCCGCCACGUAACACCGCACAUACAGAUAGAUAUACGCACCGGAGAUAUAUACUCGGAUGUGCGAACAAUUUUUUUAAAACAUUAAGGAUUUAUUGCCAGUUAUAAACAAUUAAAAUUCCUUUUAAACAAAUAAUAACGAAAUAUUCAAGUUGUCAACAAGUGUCAGAGCAUAAGGCGGCAAUAUUAAUUGCAAAUUGUCGGACAAAAGAAAUGCUUUAAACAAAACAAACGACAAAGAAGCGUGCACAAAAAACGCGUGUGAGAACAAGCAAAACAAAGAGCAAAUUAUUUCUAGAAAAGCGACAGUAAAAACAAUGAACUCCCCCAGGGGACACCGAAUGAUCUUCAAAAUGUACUGGCUAAUUCUGAUACUAAUGCCCCUUGCUUGGGCCAACGGGAGCGAUUUAAAGGGAGCACCUGUGAUGACCACAGAGGGCUCCACUUCGGCUCAUCGAAACGCCCAUCAGCAGCAGCGGUUGCAGCAACUGCAGGAGGCGCAGCAACUGGAGGCCCAUCAGCAACAUCAUCAUCAUUUGCGGCACGAGCAGCACUUGCGGGCCGAGCUGGAGGGGAAUCGCCAGCCGUCGAUCGAGAACUUCGAAAUGGGUGGGUCCAAGAGGGCCUUCAUCGAUCCCCAGUUGCCCAUGCAGCAGCACCACUUGCGCCACCACAAUCGUCACCAUCUGAGCUGGGAGCAGAGGGUCUUUCCCUCGUUGCGUCAUCAGCAACAUCGCUUGGCCCUUGGAGCCAGUACGCCCCGAAAUAUUAUAACCACCGAGGCACCCACCACCACACAUCAUGGUCUGAUCUCAAACCACUCGCGCUACUUUGACAGGGAUGGCAUCUUUCCCUCCUGGGCUGAGCCGCGAUCCACCAGGGGUCCCAACUGGCGACAGGAAGUGGAUUCCAGCGACUCCGAUGAGGAUAGCGAUGAGGAUGCCGACGACGAGGAUUAUGAGUACGAUGAGGAUGCCGAUUCCAAUGGGGUCGAUGAAGAACUGGCCCGCCAAAUGCCCCGGUACUCUUUGUUCACCCAGAAGCUACCGCACAUUGACUUGAAGGAGCCCGAUUACAAUGCCUACGAUCAGUCGGAUGAACUUGAUAUAGUUUCGAAUAAAAAUAGUAAUCAUAAUAGUAACAAACACCCCAGUGUAGCCAAUCCGCACGACAAGUCCGCUGGCAAACGCAACAUAUUCGACUGGUUGUUCAAGCAAGACAGGGAAAAAGAGGUUGUUAAAAAACCACACACCACAACCACAACAACGACGACCACCACUUCGACAACCACAACCGUAAGGCCCAUGGUGCGCACGGAAAGGCCAAAACUGCAAUUAAUAGAUGCCAAUCUGAGGAACAACGGUGGCGAGGAGGAGGACUCCAACGAGGAUUCGGACUCCGAGUCGGAGGAGGGCUUCUCCAACGAACAGUGGAACAAAAUCGAGCACGAGCACCACCUCAGGCAGCAGAAGCACCAGAAGGAACUGCUGGCGAUGCGCGAGAAGAGCAGGAACACCCCUCUCAUAAGAAACAUUGAGAAUGAGGUAAGUGCUGCAAAGACAUUAGAAGACAACGAUGGCCAUGAUGUGGAGAACAUCUAUGCACGCAACUACAUAGCUGGAAAGGUGACCCAGAAGAAGGAGGACCCGCUGGCAACCCCCGAGGCGGCGAUGAAGGCGAGACGCCUGCACGCCCAAAAGCUGAAAAGUGAGAGAGCCCUGGCCCACGCCCACAUGAACCAGGUGCUGAAGGAGGCCACCUGCCGAGUCCCCCAGAAGCGGUGCCAGCUGGUCCAGCAGGACCCCUCGAAGAUCUACACGCCCCACUGUACCAUUCUGCACCGCUGCAGCGAGGACAGUGGUUGUUGUCCGAGCAGAAGCCAAAUCUGCGCCGCCAAGAGCACCCACAACGUUGAGCUGCAUUUCUUCGUGAAAAGCACCAAACAUCGGAGUGUCAUCGAGAAGCGAACCUUUGUGAAUCACACGGAGUGCCACUGCAUCGAGCGAUCGACCUACAACGAGGACACGGCCAUGGCCAACUACGGGCAGUCGGUGGUGCGGGCCACCAUACUGAGUUGCACCUGUCCGAAGAGCUUCGAGAAGAUCCUGCAGGACGACGGGCAGUGCCGGUGCGACUGCAGUUCCGGAAACUACGACUGCGAUUGGCUGAAGAGGGGCAACGAGCACUUCGCCAUGAACGAUCGCAAGUGCAUACAACAGGGUCGCUGCAAGCCGCCCACCUGUGAGUUCGGCCCCUACAUGGACAAACAUGGUCGCUGUCCCAAGCAACACGAACAACCCGCCUAUAAUGCCAUGUCAUAAGCGAUGAAUCUCCCCGGGGAAGAGCAGAGCAAAGCCAGGAAAAGUAUUAUUCAGUCUGAGGCACACUCAAAAGCGGACGAGAAGGGAAACUAGAGAAAAUUUCCUUUUCUAACAAGAGUAAAAGCAAAAAGUGAGACGUGAAUUUAGUUGCAUAUCCUAUACAAAACCAAACGAAAGUAAAGCGAAAGGAAAUCUAUUUCUACACUGGGAUGGGUCGAUUUGUUAGAGAAUACACUUAAUUUCCCAGAAAAAUUUCAAAAAUGUUAAAUUCAAUAAAGACAAGUCUGCUCUUAUAUGACCUUAGCUCUGAAAAUAACCAAAACCAAGUUUCAGCAGCUUAGGAACUGGCAGUUUUAAAUCAAAACUACAUUUUAAAAGAGUAGUCUCAAAUAGUCGAAAAUAAAUAACUCAUUUUUUAGCAACAAAAAAAUCGAUCCACCCAAAGAUACACAUACUCAUUACGUAUUUGUAUAUCAGCUGAUUGUGUAUUAGAUGUAUUAAGAGCACAACGCUGUUUGUCCUCAAUCCAAUAAGCCAUUUAAAAUAAUUGAAAACAAAAAAACCGUCAUUCAAAAAUCUACAUACUUAGCAAAAGGAAAUAAGACUUUUUUGCGCAUGUUUUACUCAAUACGACACUGUAGCAUUGUUCAUGAGUGUUUCGAAUAUUCAAAAUCCACAAAAAACCAGAGUGAAUUAUGUGUAUUUUAUGCGUAUGCUAAAUGAAAUUCCAAAUAUAUAAAUUGACUGCGUUUUUAGUUUUAAUUGACUAAUGUUAUGUUAUUUAAUUAUAAUAAACACACGAAAACAAAAACAAAUAAUUAAAUUACAAAUGAAAUCAAUUUAUGAGCGAAAUAUAUUGUUCAUGUUAAUUAAGCUAAGUUUUAACACAAAUCAAACAAAGCCAAUCCUUGAAAAAUCGCAACAAAAACAAAAUUAAAUUUUCAUAUUUAAUUUCUAGUCAAAUUUUAAUUUUGUUUUUUCUACGACCAUGAAUGUUUAAUCGAAUGCGAAACCCGCCAUUGAACUCACUAAGGCAAAAGGCAUUUAAGGCGGAUAACACAAAAUAUAGGAAUUAAUCCAUUGAAAUAUAUCAAGAUAAAUGUAUAAACCAUAUAAACGUAACUAGGCCACAACCUCUCUUGCUUUUUUCCUGCAUUUGAUAGUGACACCUUAAGCAAAGUUAGGAUAUAUCCAGUAUCGCGUGAGUUCAUCUUGAGAGCAAACUAUCUUAAACGAAAUUUCAUUCUCAUUUGAUUCGAGCCCAGCCCCUAGUUAAGUUACAUAAAACAUAUUUCCACACCAAGCACUGUAUAUAUAUUUUAGAUAAAACCUACAUUUAAGCGGCACCCAAAAUGAAACCACUCGGCACGAAUUAUGGCACACAAUCAUGUCCUGGAUUGCAUUACGCAUUUGCAUAUUAAUGACAUUUGCACUCUGGCAAUCGAUGAGCUCAAUUAUUAAUUUCAAACGGAAUUUGGGGCUUCAAUUAUUGUGAAUUUAUUUACCCAUUGGCCAGACACCAAAUGCCGUUUAAUGGCCUGUGCCUCAUUUCUAUUUACCCUAUAUUAUUGCAUGUGGGCCAUAAUUUGCGGGCGAUCUAUUUGCUCAAGGUAAAAUAUUUAUUUAAAUUCGCACCCCACUUUCGAGUAAGCAUACGCAUAUAGAAAACGCAAUCUCAAUGCGACGUUGAAUGUGACGUGAAUAUUUCAAUAAAUCUGUGUAAUUGUUAAUAGAAGCUACCACAAGAUACCAAGCAGAAUAUACGGAAGAUUACAUUUCAAAAUGAUUUUAUUUACAACUUUUAGCAUAAAUUUUAAUGUAUAAAAACGAAUGUAAGCGUUAAGCUGAAAAACAAAACCAUACUAAUAAAAGAAACAUAUUAUUACUAUGCAAAAA